AUGGAGCGGAUCAAGCUGCAGGACACCAGCGUGACCUUGAAGGAGUUGAAGCACGUCAAGGUCAUCGGCAUCGGGUCGGCCGGCACGGUGCGGCUCGUCCAGCACAAGCAGACCCAGAUGCGGUACGCCCUCAAGCGCGUGCGGAAGAAGCAGAACAAGGUGCCCUCCGAGGUCGCCCGGGAGUGCAAGCUCCUGGCCGAGAACGACCACCCGAUGGUGAUGCACCUGGUCAAGACAUUCGAGACCUCCAAGAGCGUCUACAUGCUGACCGAGCUCAUCACUGGCGGCGAGCUGCACGCGGCGAUCCGCAAGAUCCCCACGGUGCUGUCCCGCGUCCAGUCGCAGUUCUACACCGGCUCCCUGGUGCUGGUCCUGGAGGCGCUGGCGGACCGCUUCAUCGUGUACCGGGACUUGAAGCCCGAGAACGUGAUGCUGGACGCCCAGGGCUACCUGAAGCUCGUGGACUUCGGCAUCUCCAAGAAGCUGCAGCCCUCGAAGCCCCAGACCUUCACCGUCAUAGGCACCCCGCACUACAUGGCGCCGGAGAUCCUCACCGGCCGAGGCUACAGCCUGGAGGUCGUGGACAAGAGCUCCAAGACCUCGCAGGGCAACCGAGGCGAUUACGUCGUCGAGCAGAACCUGGAAGUCCACCUGCACCGCGAGCCCCAUGUAGCUCUGGAGUUCGAGAUCACGCGGAACAACCACAUGAAGCACAUGGAGGGGCGCCCGUACACUGAGACAGCGAUGUUUAAGGACCCCCCCCCCAAACGGCAUCACGCGGCGGCGUGGCGCGUGUUCUUGCACGCCGUCAAGGGCCGGGAGCUCCUUCCUCAGCAUGCCCGCGACUACUGCAAGAGCGGCCUGACGAGACACGGUACCUGGGAAGACGACGUGCUCCCAGAGGGCCUGGAGGGGAUCCCGCUUGAGCCAGGCUUUCCCAGUCCUGCGGGGUCUUCCAGCUCUCCGACGCAGGCGCCAGGCCUUCCAACAGCGCCAGGCCUUGCCAGCUCUCCGACGCAGGCACCGAGUCGCAAGCCAACGUUCCCUUAUCCUUUCCAGAACGCUCCCGCGAUGCCCGGGGGCCAGGCGACCGCCUCUGCGGCGCGGGUGGAACCCUGCCCCACCGAGUCGGCCUCAAUGAGUCAGGGUGGCCGCGGGGCCCCGCUUGAGCCAGGCUUUGCCAGUUCUGCGGGGGUGGGAGCUUCAAUGAAUCAGGGCGGCGCGACCGGGCCUCCUGCCAAGAAGAGUAAAGCGGCGCCCGGGGGUGCACCGAUCGCCCCUGCGGCGCAGGUGAGCGGAGGGGCGCGCCAGGCCUCCUGCCCGGAGGGCCUCAACUACUGCGAGGCCGGGGUUACGGAGCUGAGGGCGUUCGAGCGGGGCGGGAACAUUGCGUCGUUGGUCAAGGCCCAGGACCUUCUGCUCAAGGGGAUCGAGCGCAUCUCGGACGUCUUGCCUGAGGGGCGCGAUUUGGACGGCACCGAGUACGAGACGCCAGGUGCGGAGUUCAACCGCUUCGCGGAGAUCGCGGGGGAUGCGCGCGCGCAUGCGGACCGAGUUGGAGGCGGCAAGAAGGGGUCGGGGCCAGGCUUUGCCAGGCCGGCGACCCAGGGGCAGCAGAACGAGGACAAGGCGGAUGCGGAGAAGACGCCGCCAGGGUUCGACCCGGAAGCCGAUUGGACAGAGGAUACGGCGGACGCGCACCAGUUCGACAUCACGGCUGACCUGCGCGAGGAGCUGGCCGAGAAGCCCGAUGGGGACCCGGCCGCCGCCCGUGAGUCCAGGGAGGCCCGCGCUGCACUCGGCGCCGAAGUUCUUCCAAUCCCGGAUUUUUUGAAGCUUGUGCAGGGCCAGCCGAUGGCCAGCAACGCCGCCCUGGACGAUGUUCGUGCUAUGAAGAGUCGCGGCGUGGAGCACGCGCGGCGCCGCGUCGUCGACGAGCCCGACGAUCCCGAGGUGCAGGACAACAUCGACAGGAUGCGCCGCGAGGCCUGGGAAAAGCACGAGGAGCGUCGGAGAACAUGUGCCCGUGGCCUGGACACGCGGGACAUGUUCUUGGGCCGCGAACUGGUGUACGUCAAGCUGGUCAGUGCCGUCGCGGUGCCCAUGGCGCGGGAGGGCCGCUUGCGCAUGCUCGCGCUGCGGGAGCAUUACCGGACGUUUUUCAAGGAGCUCCCGGAUAAGGCAGCGCAGAAGUUUUCGCCGAACCAGCUGGGGGACGACGACGGACCAUCGAAAGCGCUGCUGGGUUUGGUCAAUCACCACUUUGGCGAGGUGGUGGAGCUGGACGGGUGCAGAACGCAGCGGUGCCUUCGCAAGGUCGCACCAGGCAUUGCCAGUGCCGCGCAAUUCGAGAAUCCACAAUUCUGGCGCGUGCAAGGUGGUUACACCGUGGGACGACGCCCAGAGGGGCGGUGCGAGCACGGCCGGCGCGGGUCCGAGCUCUUCGCCAAAGCCGUCGACGCACAGGCCCAGCGCGAAGCCGCCGCCGUGAACGAGGGCGAGGACAUCAACCCACAGGUCUACAUGCCCGCCUGGGCCCGCCAGUGGAGCAGGGUAUGCGUUCCGUGCGAGGCGGUCGAGACGCACGAGUGGUGUCGGCAGAGCCCCGCCACGACGCUGGGGGAGCUCUUCACAGAGGUGCCUGGCAACUUAAAUUAA